AUGGGGAGUCUUCCGUCUUAUUUUCUGUCUUUAUUCGCCGCCCCUAAAUGUGUGAUCAAUAAAAUUGAGAAAAUCAGGAGGGAAUUCCUAUGGGGGAAGAAUUCUUCGGGUCACAAGAUAAGAUGGAUCCGGUGGGACCUUAUAUUGAAAUCCAGAAAAGGCGGAGGAUUGGGAGUCGGGAGCAUUCAAGAUUUUAACACUGCAAUGCUUUCGAAGUGGUGGUGGAGGUUCAAAAGUAAUCCGCUUCAGCUAUGGGCAUCGACGGUGGCAGCUAUUCAUAAGGGCAGAGAUUCAAUUAGUGCUCCCCAAUUCAUUCCGCUAAGAAAGGCUAUUACGGGAGUUUGGAAGGAUGUGGUUUCAGUUGAUGGGACAAUGUCUAAAGCUGGCAUCAACAUUGCGGAGAAUCUGGUGUAUGAAGGGGAUAGAUGGCGGUGGAGAUCUGACCCGGAAGGGUCCUUUUCUGUCAAAGUGGUCCGUACGGACCUGGAUCGGGCUCGUGAUCCAGCUGCUAACAGCGACCAAAGCUGCGUUUGGAACUCUUGGGCCCCCCCAAAAGUUAAGGUUUUGUUGUGGAGGGCCUGUCUUGGCAAAGUGGCGACGAAAACAGGCCUUAUUCAUAGGGGCGUUCCUCUUGCGGAUGGUUUAUGCCCAAGAUGCGGGUUGGAGAAAGAAGACUCUGACCACCUGUUCGUUUCUUGCUUGUGGUCGAAAUGUGUGUGGUGGAACAUUAUGGCCUGGAUCCGUGUCUCCUUUCCUGCGGAUAUAAAGAAGCUGAACGACCUUAUCUCAUUCUUCAAAAAUCAACCAGGUGGCAAGAUUUGGAAAAAAGUCAUUCAUUCCAUUGUUUUAGGAACUGUUUGGAGGAUUUGGCUUGUUAGAAACGAGAAGGUUUUUAAUAAUCGGUUUAUUCCGAUUUUGAAGACGGUGGAGAGUAUUCAAGAGGACGUUUUCUGCUGGUUAAACAUCAGAUCCAAGCUUAAGGUUCCGAGUUGGGAGAAUUGGAGUUCGUUUGAUAUUCUAGAGAUGUAG